UGGGAUGUUCAACAAGCACAUAUGGCCAUAUGAAGAAGGAUAAAUUUAUGAGUAACAACACGUGAUAAAGUCAGGAGUUGGGAUAAAGUGAUAAAUAAAGGGGGCGGCUGUGGCUCAGUUGGUAGAGUGGAUUGUCCACUAAUCGUAGGGCUGGCGGUUCAAUUCCUGGCCCACAUGACUCCACAUACCGAAGUGUCCUUGGGCAAGACACUGAACCCCAAGUUUCUCCCAAUGGCAAGUUAGUGCCUUGCAUGGCAGCUCUGCUACCACUGGUGUGUGAAUGUGUGAAUGUGUGUGUGUGUGAGUGAAUGUGUGAAUGUGUGUGUGUGAGAGUGAAUGGGUGAAUGUGUGUGUGUGAGAGUGAAUGGGCGAAUGUGUGUGUGAGUGAAUGGGCGAAUGUGUGUGUAUGAGUGAAUGGGUGAAUGUGUGCGUAUGAGUUGAAUGGGUGAAUGUGUAUGUGUGUGAGUGAAUGGGUGAAUGUGUGUGUGAGUGAAUGGGUGAAUGUGUGUGUGCGUGAGUGAAUGGGUGAGUGUGAAUGUGUGUGAGUGAAUGUGUGAAUGUGUGUGUAUGAGUGAAUAGGUGAAUGUGUGUGGGUGUGAAUGGGUGAAUGUGUGUGUGUGUGUGUGUGUAAAUGGGUGAAUGAGACAGUGUAAAGCGCUUUGGAUAAAAGCACUAUAUAAGUGCAGACCAUUUACCUUAAAGUGAUAAAUGAAGAUGAAUGAAUGUUUAUAAAUCUGUACUGAAGGGUGCAUUGGGUUUAUUGUACAGUUAGAGGGGUCUCUUGCUGAAAACAGGAGUUUAUCUACUGCGUGAGGAGCAGAGGAGUGAGGAGGGAAAUGUGUACUGGCCCUUUAAGAAAGUUCCAGCGCGGCCCAGUAAAGUUUGGCACCGCGGCGGCGGCGGAGUCUCGGGAAGAACAGCGGAAUUGCGCAAAGAGAAAAUAUUCAUGCAAAAACAAAGCCGCGAUUAAUGGGAGCCGUUUGUAAACACGUGUUUCUGCUGGUGUAAAUGGGACAGUUGGACUUUUUCCCAAAGGUCGAAUAAUAGAGGAUGAUAGUUGGUGGAUAGCCAAGCACCGCGGAUCAGAGGGGGUUUUUGUGCCGCUAUAAGCCGCUUUGCCUCUCCAUCUUUCCCCAACGAACCACAGCUGAGCAAGGACCCUGUGGAGUUUAAUUGAUCCUUCAUAUUCCUCUUAUUACUCCUGGUGAAAUCAGCAGAAAAAAACAGCUCGUUUCACCUUUUUGCGAUUAACGAUGAAGGUAACGGUCACUUUCGGCCGCACCGGUGUGGUGGUGCCCUGUAAGGAAGGCUGGACUGUCCGAGACCUCAUUCACCAAGCCACACAAAGAUACAAGAAACUGCUUGAACAGGAGGGAGACUUCCUAGUGAGGACGCAUCACGUCGAGUACUGCGAUGGGGGAAUUCUGGAUCCUGAUGAUGUGCUUUCGGAUCUGGUGGAAGACAAGGAUAAGCUGAUCGCAGUAUACGAGGAACAAGAGGCCCGGCGAAGGGGAACGACGAGUCCCAGGAACAGCAGCAUUAACAUGAACACAAACGGCGGUGGUGCUCCAGGACAGCCGAGCCCUGAGCCCUACGACGCCGAACUGGUCUGUUUCCAGCCAAUCCGUGGAGGGGAGAUUGAAGUCAACUCCUCCGUGCUUAAAUCCAGCACACCUCUUAUGGUGAGGAGCAGCAGUGACUCAGCUCUGGGCCCCUCGGGAGAGAACGGACCUGCACACUGUGAGACUGAUAUGGACCAACGCUCAACAGACGUGUCUAACAGCAAAUCCUCUCCCUUCACGUUCAGCCUAACAAGGACUGUGGAGAUUUCAGGAGAACACGGGCCUCUUGGGAUACACGUGGUGCCUUACUGCUCCUCUCUCAGUGGAAGGGCUCUGGGUCUGCACAUCAGGAGCGUGGAGGAGAACAGCCGGUCCAGAAGAGAAGGCAUCUUCCAGGAUGAUGACUGCAUCGUCAAGAUCAACGACACUGAACUGAUGGACAAGUCCUUCUCGCAGUCACAGGAAGUGUUCCGGCAGGCCAUGCGCUUGCCUGCUGUGCGUUUAGAGGUUCUCCCCAUGGCCAAUAAAGAGCGCUUUGAGAAGAGUCUCAUCGGCCACCUUUUCAGCACUGACGACCAUGAUGGUACUCCUCGGCCCAAAGAGCCGCCUCCUCUGAAGGUGAAGCCCAUGGUGAGACCUGCAGAGCCCUCCUCCGGCAGACAAGCCGGACCUCAGGAGAGCUGCAGCGUGAACAUGGAGAGCCGUUCUCUCGGUUCCCCUCUUCCCAUCAGCCUUUACCCAAGGGGCAAGAGCAGCAGCCCGCUGCUCAAAAAGAGCCACACCAUCUCACCUUUGGUUGGGUUCACCACCAAGAAGGGAGGCAAGAGGCUCAAAAUCGAUCUGAAGAAGGGUCCGGAGGGUUUGGGCUUUACUGUAGUAACCAGAGACUCGUCAGUGCACGGGCCUGGUCCCAUCCUCGUCAAGAACAUCCUCCCUAGAGGAGCCGCCGUUAAGGAUGGCCGCCUGCAGUCCGGUGACAGAAUCUUAGAGGUGAACGGUGUGGACAUCUCAGGUCGGACACAGGAGGAGCUGGUGGCCAUGCUGCGCAGCACGAAGCAGGGAGACAGUGUGAGUCUGGUGGUGGCGAGGCAAGAGGAGUUAUUCCUGCCUCGAGAGCUGAAAGAGGAACCGAUACGUGCUGUUCUGCCUGAGGAAGGGAAGGAGCAGCUGAUGUUCGAGGUGCCUCUGAAUGACUCGGGCUCUGCUGGCCUGGGUGUCAGCCUUAAAGGCAACAAAUCUCGUGAGACCAGUGAAGACCUGGGCAUCUUCAUCAAGUCCAUCAUCCAUGGAGGAGCUGCUUAUAAGGAUGGUCGUCUGCGUGUCAACGACCAGCUGCUUGCCGUGAACGGGGAGUCACUCUUGGGAAAGUCCAACCAUGAGGCCAUGGAGACGCUGCGCAGGUCCAUGUCCAUGGAAGGGAACCUCAGAGGGAUGAUCCAGCUCGUUGUUCUCCGUGUUCUUCCGUCCUCCAACCAGGAGUACACGGACUCACGGAGAAUCCUCAAUCGAUCCUUUGAUAGCUGUGUGGGCCAGAGUGCAUUCCUCAGCCAGUCAGAGAGCCCUGUGCAGCCCCAUAUGGUGAUGAACAACGUCUUUGAGCAAUCUGUGGUUUCAAAUGAGGGUUAUGGUGAAGAGAUAGCAUUCAGUCCUUACAGGCAGAAUGGAGACCUGAAUGGAGGCUUGAACCAUCAGCCCCAUCAGAGUUUGGAGUGGGAAUCAGGCCCUUGCUCAGCUGAAAGCUCUCUGACCUCUCAAGCUCCUCGGGGUAUGAUGGAGCAUCAUCACAUCAAAUCUUCCAAAAGCAUGGACCUGGUUGCAGAUGAAAGCAAAGUGGGAUGCCUGGUGGGGCAAAAGUCAGCUUUCUCUGGUGUGGAGCUGGGUCCUACUCUGGGCCUGAAGAAGUCCAGUUCUCUAGAGAGUCUGCAGACGGCCGUGUCCGAGGCUCAGAAGAACGACCUGCUGCUCUUCCACAGGCCUCGAGCUCACAUGGUGAGGGGUCGUGGCUGCAACGAGAGUUUCCGUGCUGCAAUAGACAAAUCAUACGAUGGGCCGGCUGAGGAGGACGAUGAUGAGGGCUCGGAGGCAAGCUCAGGACGGGACACCCCAGCUAGCAGCUCCUCACGCCAGGGACUGGGAGACAACGAUGAGAACAAGAAGGACAAGAAGAAGAAAGCCAAAGGAAAGAAGAAAGACAAGUUGAAGAGCAAAGGGAAGGACAAGGACAAAAAGAAAGCGGAGGAGGCCACCGAAGAUCCAGAUAAGAAGACAAAGAAGAAGGGGUUUGGACUUCUGAGGUUUGGAAAGAAGAAGGAAGAGAAGAGUAAAGGUGAGAACAAGGCGAGCACACUGAAGCAUGCAUCAGAACUGUUGAGCGAGGAAGAGUUGCAGAGGAUGAAAGGAGAGCGAGAGAGGAUUGAAGCGAAGCACCAGGAGCUGAGAGAUCGACAGGCUCGCGAUCGUUUCGUUUCUCCGGAGGUAGAUGAUGACGACGUGGACCCCAACUAUGCCCGGAUCAACACGUUCAGAGGACGCCCGUCUCAGUCUCCAUACGGGACCCGCAGCACGUCGCCUCAGAGAGCCACACACCCCACCAAUCAUAGCCGAGAGCCUUCAACUGAAGAUCCGCUCGAUGGCCUCUACGCCAAGAUCAACAAACCGAGAGGCCCAACCCCACACGGAGCUGACAGCAGUAUGGACCGUAUCCAGCAGCUGCGCAGAGAGUAUCAGCAGGCACGGAGAGACGGAGCUGCUCCAGCCUACGAAGAGUUAGAGGCUCGACGCCAAGGCUCCGAGUACGACCCACACCGGAUUUCUGUCAGGAGUCCUGACCCCAGGAUGGUUCCCCGCUAUGAGGAUGUGGAGCGCCAGUAUGCCUCCCUGCCCAGAAGGGGUCCAGUGGAUCCUACUGAGUACCCAGGACAGGCUUGGCCUGGGCACAGAGACCCUGCCCACUAUACCACCCCACAGCCAGGCUACCACCCCAACUACCCCCAUCGCCCUCUGGACCCUCGGCACAACGACCCAGGCUUUUACCACCCCCACCCUCCACAGAGAGGCCCCCUGCGCCAGGACGUGCCCCCCUCACCCCCUUUGCCCCUCCGAGGUGCUCGGUACGACACCAUGAACCGUGGAGGCUUUCGACACACUAGUCCAGAGCGCUUCGCCUACACAGAUGGACGCCAUCCUGAUCCGAGACAGAAGAACGCCAUGACUGCAGCCGUUUAAGCACAGCAUUGUAUACUCUGCCUGGUACGCAACAUGUAAAGAACCACACAGCAGCACAGUGUUCAUUAUCUUUUCAGUGUUGUUUCUGUGCUUGACCUGUAGUUCACUCUGCCUUAUCCUGAGUGACUUGCUACCCAAGGCCACAUCUUAAAAAAUACAGAUAAUACAUUCCUGUCUUCCUGCCAAGUGAGCAUUAAUGGAGCUACAUUCAAGAGCUUCUCUUUUUCUCCAAAUCUGACUCGACCACAAAGGGAGGGUGGAUGUGUACGAGCAUACAUGCUUCAGCUUCCAAGUGGAGCGAGAUUUCCAUGGUACUAUGCCUAAGUGAGCCGAGGCUUAUAUGGUUCUCCACGUGACAGAAAUUUAAUCCCAUUCCUCUUUGGUAUUCAUCCACUCAAUCUAAAGUGUGUGCUACGGACUUCUUUCCAAUGCACAGUGUGCUAUAUGUUAUUGCUAUUAUAUUUGUGUUAGCCCCUUAAAGUCCCAAAUGAUUAUUUCUUUCUUAAUCUUAAAGCAUAUUAUUCAGUAACUAAAAUGAAACUAAUAUCGAAGGCAUAUGGAUAUAAGGGUGAGGAAUGUAAGUCUGGACCCACAGGAUUUUAAGGGGUUAAAGAACACUAUAUAGGAUACACCAGUGGUCACCAACCCUGUUCCUGGAGAUCUACCUUCCUGAAGACUUUAGCUCCAACUGUAAUCGUGCCCACCUGACCAUCUAAUCAUUACCUUAAGAAGUUCUUGAUCAGCUAAAGCAGGUGUGUUAGAUUUUGGUUGGAGAUGAAACCUGCAAGAAGGUUUCUGAAGGAAAGCUCCAGGAACAGCGUUGGUGACCACUGCUGUACACUUCAGUGCACACUAUAGUCCUGUCAUUUUGGAUGAGUCUCUGUGGACCUUCAGCUUUACACUUUAAAUCAUUUUCUUUCUGCAUAUUGCCAUUACACAGCCACUCUGCAACAUUUACAUUAGGACAUUUAUUAUUAUCCAUAACCACGCUGUUCAUAUGCGCUGUUAAAGGAAACACCUACGAAUAACAUCACAUAGAACCACUGACACCGAAAAGAUCCUUUCUUGUAUCUCCGAAAAGAUCCUUUCUUGUAUCUUAAAAGGCUUUUUGAUGCCAUUUUUACAAGUGAAGGUACUCUCUUCUAUCUAUUCUGACUGUUGAUGAGUCUGUCUGCUUGAGUGAAGUCUUUUUUUUUUUUUUUUUUUUUUUAAAAAUUGGAAGAUUAAGAAAGUGCAUGUGUUUGUCGAGAGGAAAGAAGGAUUCACCACAUCAGAAGGAUGAGAGGAUGAUGGAGUUGUUUCUCCACACACUUCUCUCAGCAAGUGGCAGCUUUUCCGUUAUUGUUUUCCAAUAUCAUCGUACUCGCACCUAAAUCCUUCACAAGUGUGGUCGCUUCAUACUCGUAAUGGUUGCACACUUUGAAUGUAUAAAUGGCACAGUGGACAUUUAGAGAGCAGAUAAUGGGACAAAUUGAAUUCUAAUCACUUCAAUGUACACCUAUCACAUACUGUACGUUUCAAAUAUAUUUCCAUAGCUUGGUAUUAAUGUGUCUGUAAUAAACAAACCGAAUGUUAAUACUGAACACACAUUUUUUUUUACUAACCUCUUUUAUAACACUGCUUUAUUAAAUAUGCAUUUAAUAAAUAAUACGAUCGUCUCGCUUGCAUUGUUCUGCUAAAUUCAGUUUUGAAUGUUGCACGUCAGACCAGCACCAGUAUGCGUUCCAGUGAUGAAUAUUGAUCUUUUAAGCUCAAUUUCAUCUUCAAACCGUACAUUUAAUUUUAUCCUUGUGUUAAUUAUUAACAUUAUCUGUAAUUAUCAAUUAAGAUUACGGGAUAUACAUAUAGAUAUAAUUCUGUGAUUACAGACCAGUUUCUGUUAUUCUAAUGAAGUUUCAUAAUUGGAGAAAUGAGAGUUGUGGUAAUUAUUGUGCAAACUGUGAUAUCUGAUGAAUUAUUGGCUUAGUUCUCUGGCCUGAGAAGCGUACACAAAACCCAGAACAUUGCCAAAUUACAUUUCUGAAGAUUUCUGCUAUAUUCCCUUUUUUUCACUCUCCAACAGAACAUUGCCACAACCAGCCUUCAUACAUGACUAAUAAUUAUACACAGUCCAUACAGGAUUUCAGUUUUUUGUGCUUUUUUCUAAAUUCUAAAUUGAACUAUAUUGUUUUGUACAGUCUUUUGCAGUGAUGUUUGUUGGUAAGUGAGACCUUUUAGUUGUACUCGUAUUCGACACAGGUUGAAUCGAAGCGGGAUUUGGCUGCAUGCGUGACGUCACAUGACGCAUCUUGGCCCAAAUCUGUGGGAAAUCUGCGGUAAUUUUGAAAAAUCGCAAGCUCCUCUGAAUCUUGCGAAGUUUCCUUGAUUUUGCGUUAAUUUCUGUGAUCGCUAAAUCCUGGAGAGGACUGUACAUGUUCAAUUAAUAUCUCAUAUGAUGCCUUUCUCAAACAGGAUUGCUUUUCAAUUUUGGGAAAACACAGAGACAAAAUGGUGAUAAAAAGAUUCGGUUAACCGAAUCCUUCAAAAGUUUUUCUUCUGAUCAGAUUUCAUCUGCACAGGUGAUAAUAGUCCAGCUAAUGGCAGACGCUGGCACGGCUCCUGCAGUCCACACAGCCACAGGGACCACACAAAGGGUAGAGAGCGCUGAGCAGUCCUGAGACCGCUCAGAAUACUUUGGCGGCAUACAGUUAAAGGAGCACGGUCGAGGAUAAUUUCCUUGCCAUCAUCGACAGCAACAGACACGCUGGUGGUGAUCAGGCGCUGCACUCGGUCUACAGCCAGACACUCAACACACAUGGCCAGAGGAAAUCUUCUGCUCAAGCUUGGGUCUGGAGCUCUGCCACAACCGGUAACCAGAGGACAAAUUUAAUACAAACCAUUAACCAAAAUACAGACAGGAAAAGAAACAAACAAAUAAAUGGAAGAAAGAUGAAAAGAAAGAAUAGAAAAUCAUAAAGAAAGAAAAAGCCCCAGUGAGCAGCAGCACACACAGUAUACUCUCAACCAGAAAGAUGGGAGCUCGAAGAUGCAUUUUUGUAAAAUAUUCUGUUUUCAAAAGAUUGGUUGUAGUUUUGUAGACAGCCACGUUGUUCAAAAUGAGCAUAGGACGUGCACACAAACACGCUUCUUGGUUUGACACACUCUUCAAAUGAAUAACUCUGUCCAAUGCACUAACUCCAGAUUAUUCAAACAUCAGGUCUCAUAACUUCAUUUCACCACGUCUACACACGCCGUCUGCCUAUCCAGUUCUAUACAAGUCCUACACAAACACAAUUUCAGUGAUGGGGCAAUUUCAUAGAUUCAAUUUGGGACCAUUUUUCACCCAGCUGCAGGUUCGUUUGUAAGCCAUAAUGAAAUUCUUGCUGUUUUUCAUAUUUGUUUUUCUCUUUUUUUUUCUUUUUUUUCUUUUUUUUUAUUGUUCCGGUAGGGUUUUGUGAGGCACAGAUUUCAUUCAUAUUGCCUUCAAAAAGAGCACUGCUGUAAUAACUUUGUCUUCCAGCUUUCCCAGAAUCCAUUUGGGAUGUGUAAUUAUUACAAGUUAUUAUUAGGUGAAGUUUUAAUUAGCAUCGGAGGCCAAAGUAAUUGCGCUUUUGUGUUUGAUGUGGCUUGUUCGCACACUGUCACGGUUGUCAGGAAGGGAGAAAGCUGCGUUGUAUUAUCCUGACCCAGUUUGUGAUCAGUCUGCUGAGUGUGUCAUUUACAUGAUGGACGUGCUCCAUGUUAUUUGUGCUUUUGUCUUGACUGCGUUUUCUAAUUCCUCUAACACAAGUCACAAAUUUGUGUCAGAUCCACUGGCAUGCUGUAACUUCUGCAGGCAGUUACAGUGUCAUUGUAUAAUGUUGUCAAAGUGUUACACAACUUUGGCACUGAAAAUUCGAAAUGUAUGUGGUCCCACUUUGGAGUGUUUACAACUCAAUCAGUUCUUUUGGCAGUGUGUGUUAUCUGGAACAUUCUUCCUGAGUGGAACGGGGAAGGAGGCAUCCCUUAGAGAGAUGUUAAGCUCGCUCAGUGGAAAUGUACAGUGAAUUGGAAGUGAGUGUGUGUGUGUGUGUGAGUGUGUGUGUGUGUGAACGAGAGAUCAGCUUUACGAUGGGUGUGUCGGACAAUCUAGACCCGUUUCCUUCCCGCUCCCCAUCAGGUUUUUAGAGCUUAACACCAGAAUUGGUUCUCUCUCUGUAGCCUGGCCUGCUGUUUUACAGUGCCUAUAACCUCUAGUUUAAUCCUAGCAGUAGUGGAGCUGCGUGUGUGUUCAGUUAGCUGUGUGUGUUAGUUUUAGUAAGCACUAUAUAUUUCUGCAAUCCUCUAAAAGUAUGAGUCAUGCAAUACACUGCCUAUAAUCUGUCUGUCUUUUUUUUCACACAUCCUCUGUCCCUGUAGAAUAAGACUCUGUAUGCUGGGAGUUAUGAAGCCAGUGUGUUGUGUCGAGCUGCUGUGCCAGUGUCAGGUUCACAGAAGUAUGGCCGAGCGUCUCCGUGAACCUCACACCUGCAGAUUUAGACCUCGUCAAGGUCACUGGUUGUGUAUUAAGAUAGUACGCAUUAUCCUACUAAAAGUGCACUAGCAUUUGGGAACUAUAAAUUCUAUUUUGUGGCCCUCGUAUCAGUCUCAUGGUGCCUGCGAAAACCACAGCAGCUGUUUCCUUCCCCUCUCUGCCUGACCCAAGAUUACAGUAGAGAGUAAGUGUGGUUUGAGUUUCUUCUUUCAGUGAGCGUGCAUUUUUAGGAACAUACAGGCCGUUCUUUGUCUCCUGAGCCCAGUGGCUAGGGGCUGAUGGGCUUAUUUUAUUUAUUUAUUUAUUUAUUUUAAUUUUCCACACAUAAAGACACAAAACCCACUAUUGGCAAAUUUUCACCAGUAAGACAUAAGAACCAAUCGAACUUUUAAAUACAAGGUUAUUUAUUGACUUACUUAUGUAUUUAUUUAUAAUGUUUUUGGC